GUUUUGUUCGACGACAAGGAUGUAUUACAAAAAUACAGCACAAUAGAAGACAUAUUUCGGGCAUUUUUUGAUGUACGUCGACAGAAAUACCUGGAAAGAAGAGAGCAUGAAUUGUUAUCAAUGAGCGAAAGGCUCAGGUUUAUCGACAAUCAGGUUCGUUUUGUGGAUGAAAUUAUCAGCGGUGAUAUUGUCAUUGAAAAGAAAAAUCGUUCGGAAAUAACCGCUCAGCUGCUGGAAAAAGGCUUUGAUUCGAAUCCAGUGAAAGCAAAGAAAAAUUUGGUAUUUUUUUGUUGUAAAGCAUUUGCAAGAUUCACUGUUUUGGGUGACACAGGUCACAGCUCCUUUGUCCUAAGACUUUAA